CAAAUUUGGAGCACACGAUGAUGAUGAUCAGACCAGUGGGAGGUGUUGCUCUUAGAACGUUGAACAGAGCUUCUUUUCGAUGUGGAUUUUCUAGUUUUGCUACUGCUAGACAGGAGGUGGAUGAUUUUGAUCUCGAUUUCGAUGCCAAUGCAAGCCUAUACAGCUCAUUUCGAAAGAAAUCCUUGACUGCCAACACCAGCACCAGCAUCAUCAAUGACGACCUCUCUCUUUCGUUAAAUCCUGUGCCUAAUUACGAGGUGAAGAACUCUUUGUUGUCUUGGACAAUCACUCCUCCUAUUCGUAGAGAUAACAGAAGAAGACAGCAGCAGUCUCUGGAGUCGAGUGAAGACAACGGAUUAUUGAAAGUCGUUCCAACUUUGAAAACUUUUUAUUCGCAAAAUCCUUUACAUGAAAAUAAUAUGGAGAUUUUAACUGCAUUACAGAGAAAAUACUGCAAUUUACCUAGAGCAAAAGAAAGAAAGCCGGUCAAGUGGUUAGAAAGGAAAGAUUAUGUUUUAAUUGGUGGUGAUACAAGAUUAACAGAUCGUCAAUUUUUACAAUUAAAUUUAUUAUUACAUAGAUUAAAUUCGAUUGAUGAUAACUUAAAAACACAAGAAUUGAUUAACAAUUUAAAACAAUUUGAAAAAAAAUCCGAUUCAAAGCUUUUACCAAAGAAAUCAUUGUUAAAACCUUUAAAUGAAUUUGCUGCUGCUGUUGCUAUAGGUAGAAGAAAAUCUUCAUCUGCAAAGGCUUAUGUUGUUAGAACUCGUGAUGGUGAAGCUGGUAAGAUCAUGGUUAAUGGGCAAUCAUUGAAUACUUAUUUCCCUAAAUUAUUCCACAAAGCGUCUGUAGUUUAUCCAUUAGAAGUUGUCAAUGCACAAAAAGAUUAUAAUAUUUGGGUUAUAGCUUAUGGUGGUGGGCAAACUGGACAAGCUGAUGCCAUAAAACUUGCCAUUACCAAGGCUUUAAUUAUUCAUAAUCCUUUAUUAAAAGCUAGAUUAAGAAAGGCUAAAUGUGUUACAAGAGAUGCAAGAAUAGUUGAAAGAAAGAAACCAGGUAAACUUAAAGCAAGAAAAGCACCAACUUGGGUUAAACGUUAGAGAAAUUCAAUAUUAUAUUAUUAUCAAUAAUAAUAAUUAAAAUUCAAUUGUUUUUUUUUUUGAAUUGUUUUUUUUUCUUGUUUUGUUGUUGUUGUUUUU